GUUGGCUGAUGGUUUACCGAAAUCAUGCACCGGAACAUGGAGAUUCGUCACAUGGCGUUCCACCUGGAAACGUUGGCACAUAUCCUAGAUACCAGCGAAGGAUGGCGCGAUUUUCUGUACAUGAUUCCGCACAGCCUAGACGACCUUACCAAGGAGAAGUACACGCUCAAAUAUACCGGACUAAAUGAGAGCAUUCUCGAGACGGAAAGUCAAAAAAGUAACACAUCUCCAGCCAAGCUGCUCCUCGACGAAUGGGCUGUGUCCGGACAGGUGCGACCGACGGUUGACCACUUGCUAACGUUGCUGGUGCGUGCGAAACAAAUCCGUGCUGCAGAAUAUUUGACCACCUUGCUGAAGGAGAAACCACCCGCUCGACCUAAAGAUGGCCCGGGAGCACCGAUCGAUGUGUCAUUGUCCGAUGAUUAUCAAACGGAAUCGUUGCUCAACGGAAUAAGCUAUCCAAGCUCGACCAUUUUGCAAAACAAUGUGGAAUCAGUGACGAUCGACAACAACAGGGAUUAUUACGAUAAAAUGUGCCCGAUGAAGCGGUUUGAGAUCAAAGAAAAGUCUUCGUCAAUUGCGGACGGAGAGUUGCUGGUGUUUUCUUCUAGCAAUAACAAUACUCACUCUUCCCCGGAUGCACCCGACGUACGCAAUCCGGUAUUGAUGGAGCGCUACCCUGAUCAGCAUCCCGGACCGUCGAGUCCAAGAAAAUCGGCAUUCAAACCUCACAAUACCCCGAUAGCAGAUGGUCCAAUAUCGGGCGACAGACUACCAAUGUUUUCGGCAUUGGGAAUCACAUCGAACGUUCUGAAUCAUCCACCGAAGGCUAAGUUGGAGUCUUCAAAACUUCAAAACAAUCGAAACUAUGAUCACAUAGCCAACGAGGUAGUCGAUCAAUAUACCCCAAAUCUGUCCAUAUUUGGCCGAAUGGAAGUUGAAAAGGAAGAUAAUACGACGCCUAAAGAACAGCGGGAAGAUAUUCCGGCAUUAUCGGCCUUAUUAGGAGACGCUUCGGACGGCCCACGAUCGGAGAUGCAUUCCAACAGUGCGAACAAUACUCAGGCCAGUGUUCCAAUGCUGUCAAUGUUGGGUUCAGAUUCCAGUACAGCCGACUCACCGGAAAGUGAAGCUAGCUCUUUAUCGGUUACACCACCCGUUAGCGAUUCCGUUAGCGAUAUGAUAAAAUUUUCAUCGCUCGCAAUAACGGUUGCAGAAUAUUCCUACAAUCUACUUCGCACCGCCACCGACGAUUUUAACACAUCACUAUUCACAAAUGGAAAUCUUCAAGCACCCGAUGGCCGGUCGAUUGGUGCCGGAGGUUUUGGAACAGUAUUUUUGGCACUCAAUCUCUCGCCCACCAUACCCGUCGCUGCAGUGAAACGGCUCGAUCCGGACAAAUACAAGUUUCGGGAAAAAUUUCAUCUCGAACGAGACAUACUGUCGAAGCAUUGCCAUGAGAAUGUGGUCAGUUUGCUGGGUUCCAGCUCGGAUGGUCCGUAUCUGUGCUUGGUUUACGAGUAUCUGAGGGAUGGUAACUUGGAAGUGGCUCUAUCGCUAGUACGAAGGAGGCAGCGACAAAUGGAGGGCAAAAUUCGAUUAAAGUAUCUGCAGGAUAUCGCCAAUGCUAUCGUAUUUCUGCACGAAAAGGCAAAAAUCAUUCACCGUGAUGUGAAAUCGGGAAACAUUCUGCUGGACGGUACGGUUGCUAAGUUAUGCGAUUUCGGGCUAAUCAAAUUGACCAGCUCACGUACGACGACCAGCAUUAUCGGUACGAAUGCGUACAUGGCACCGGAAGCGGUCCGUGGGGAUGUCUCGCCGGCGUUGGACAUUUUUGCAUUCGGUAUCGUUAUUGCUGAAACCGUCACCGGUGAACCGGUCCUAGCGGAGAAGGAAUCUCGCAGUGAAAUUGAUCUGGCUGGGUACAUCUGCCGUCAGCGAGCGGAAGGACGGGAUUUGGGUUCGCUCGUUGACAGGCGUGCCGCAAGUGGCAAUGAAGGAAUUCAUUGGUGUGAAGCCGGAAGGAAGCUGCUGGAGAUAGCGAUAAGGUGCAUGGGGGAAAAGUGGAGUCGACCAACGAGUAGUUCGCUAGCGGUCGCGAUACGUGAUGUACGGUUAGUGCCUUGA